AGUUGUUAAUAAAUGUGACAUAAACACUUCAGAGGUUACGUUGGUUAUAUUUACAAUUUGUAAACGUCAAGAAAAUGUUACGUUCUUCACUUCAAUUGAUAGAAUUGUGAAUAAUAUCUUUCAAGUUGUUCUAAUUUUCUGUAAAAAUUAAUCAUCCCUAUUAAGAACCAGGUUGUACUGUUAAAAAUGAGCGAUAAACAGUCUGUAGGGGGGAAUCAGUCCCAAGCUCAACCACUAGUGAAGAUAGGGCACUAUAUUUUGGGUCCUACAUUGGGUGUUGGAACAUUCGGCAAGGUAAAAAUAGGAGAACAUCAGCUCACAAAACACAAAGUUGCAAUUAAGAUCCUAAACCGACAAAAAAUUAAAAGCCUUGAUGUGGUGGGUAAGAUUCGUAGAGAAAUCCAAAACCUUAAGCUUUUCAGACAUCCUCAUAUAAUUAAAUUAUAUCAAGUAAUUAGCACUCCAACCGAUAUUUUCAUGAUUAUGGAGUAUGUAUCAGGAGGUGAAUUAUUUGACUAUAUUGUGAAACAUGGUAAACUUCAAGAACAUGAAGCAAGAAGAUUUUUUCAGCAAAUUAUAUCUGGAGUGGAUUAUUGCCAUAGACACAUGAUUGUUCACAGAGAUUUAAAACCAGAAAAUCUUCUGUUGGAUCAUAAUAUGCAUGUGAAAAUUGCAGACUUUGGCUUAUCAAAUAUGAUGAUGGAUGGAGAAUUCUUAAGAACCAGUUGUGGUUCUCCUAAUUAUGCAGCUCCUGAAGUUAUUUCUGGAAAAUUGUAUGCAGGACCUGAAGUUGAUAUUUGGUCUUGUGGAGUAAUUCUGUAUGCACUCUUAUGUGGUACAUUACCUUUUGAUGAUGAGCAUGUACCAACAUUGUUCCGAAAAAUAAAGUCAGGGAUAUUUCCCAUACCAGAAUAUCUGAAUAAGUCUGUGGUUACUUUACUAUGCCACAUGUUGCAAACAGAUCCUAUGAAAAGAGCAACUAUUGAGGAUAUUAAGAAACAUGAGUGGUUCCAGAAAGAUUGUCCUGCAUACCUUUUCCCAUCACCUGUUGAUCAGGAUGCAAGUGUGAUAGAUACAGAUGCUGUUUAUGAGGUUUGUGACAAAUUUGGAGUAAAAGAAACAGAAGUUCAUAAUGCUCUUCUGAGUGGUGAUCCACAUGAUCAAUUGGCCAUUGCUUAUCAUUUGAUUAUUGAUAACAAGCGUAUUGCUGAUGAAGCAGCAAAGGCAGAAAUAAAAGAUUUCUUUGUGGCUGGAAGUCCACCACCUGUAAGUAUUACACCCACCCCUGUUCCAGUACCUCAGUCAGAUUCUGCAAGUCCACUGAAACCUCAUCCAGAACGAAUUGCCCCUUUGAGAGAUAGGGUUUUAGCUUCAACCCAAUCAGAGAGAGGAAGAGGAACCCCCAUAAAACGCGCCAAAUGGCAUUUGGGAAUUCGUUCACAAAGUAAACCACAUGAUAUUAUGAUGGAGGUUUACAGAGCAAUGAAGGCUCUCGAUUUUGAAUGGAAAGUUAUAAACCCAUACCAUGUUAAGGUCAGACAAAAGAAUGCCUUGCAUGAUAGAUACAUAAAGAUGUCCCUACAGCUUUAUCAGGUGGAUUUUAAAAGUUAUUUAUUAGACUUCAAAAGUCUUAGCAGUGAAGAGAAUGAAUCAAACAAUGCAUCGAUGGACGUUCCUACACCAAUACAGCAGUCUAUUGAUGACCUUUCCCAAAAAUCCAAUAAAAACAGGGGACACCAUACAAUGGAGUUUUUCGAAAUGUGCGCCGCUUUGAUAAUACAAUUAGCCCGAUAA